AUGGACGCGACCGAUCUGCCCCCGGCCUCAAAGCCGCCGGCGCAUUUGAGCAAGAUCCCCAUCGCCCAGCUCUCUCCGACCCUCGAUCAACUGGAACACAAAUGUAUCUAUGCAGCUGUGACGCUCGUCUGGCCGUACUCAUCCUCUACCAAGUCGCUCAGUCUCCUGCUAGCUGAGCCGGAUUUCCGCCUACGACGUUCGAACGGACAGGUGAAGGUCACAUUUCACGGUCGAGUCGCGGAGAGGGUCGCGGAGUCUGCGGUGGGAAUCGGCGACGAAGUCCGUUUGGCUUUGAAGCAUUCGCGCCUGGUUCCAAAUGAUGCUGCCCAGCAGACUCCGGGGAGGUUCGUUGCGUGGGAUGCAUAUUUCGACCAUGGCGUGUCUCUUGAGGUCUACCGAUCAUCGAACCUUGUUUUGACCGUGACCGUUGAACCUCGCGAGCCUGGAUUGUAUGCGACGGAGCUUGCGCCGCCCACGACCCCCGGCGCAACCCCGACACUCUCGGAUGUUGGUUCGUGGGGAUCUCCCGCGUUUGUACGGUCUACACGAUCUUCACUGGGGGGAGGAACACUUGAUACUGCGUAUGAUCUGUUUGCAGAAGAAGAUGGUUUUGUUCCAGGAAAGGGAAGGAAGAAACCAAGGUACAGCCUUCAUAGGGACGAAUGGCGUGUUGCGGAUGAGCCGGCCAGUCCCCGGGAACGGGAGGGUACGGUUGACUGGGAAAUGGAAUUUGAAGAAGAGGAAGAUGCAGAGCAAGAUACCGGCAAGACGAAUGGAGAGGAUACAGCGCCAGAGACUCCGCCUGUCUUCGUGAAACCCUCCCUUGAUCAAGCUUCCAGCUUCAUUGGGAGGCGCGCAGCGCAAUCCCUUCAACCUCCGGCACCAAUCGACAUUUCCGGGAACGAGACUCUGAGUGGAAUAUUUCGUCGCCCCACUGACACGCCGCAACUCCUUCCCAUUCCUUCCCCCGGCCUGCCAAUUCCUUCUCCGCUUGUUUCAAGUUCAAACAGCCCCCAAGGUUAUUUUUCAUCCGUGUCUGCUGCCACAGAGGCACAAAAUGUUCGAUCUGUACCUGCAGAAACAGCUCCCUCGACUGUACCAACUGAGGCGGAUCUCCCGACGGAUGUGUCACCACCAAAAUUCCAACCACAGGCGGCCGAGAUAGUUGUCGACGAUAUCGAAACUACAGAACAUGACUCCACUGAACCUACGGAAUCGGUCUCUCGUCAUCAGACUCCGGCUUCUUUACUGAAAGAUACUUUGGCCGGUGAACAUCACGAAUUGCCAACAUAUCACGAAGGGGCCGCUCUUCUGGAAUCUAUCGGCGACUCCGCCCUUAUCGACCUCGCAGCCGACAGGGGAAAUGAAGAUGAUGAACCGUUGGUUUCGGGCCAAAUAGAUGCCAAAAAUGUUCAACGCGUGGAAGACGAUAUCUAUGAAGUCGAAUCCGUCCAGGGCUCUGGAUUUGAUGCUGAGGAGGAUAUCGAAGUUGGUGUCCACAUAUCCGAAAAUGUACGGCCCGAGCCAGCGUUGGAUGGACAUCCCGCAGAUGAUGAGAUGGAAGAUAUCGAAGAGGAACUGGAGGAUCAUGUGCAAGAAGAACAUGGGACCCAUCCGGAGUCGGUCUCAGUUGCGUCAUCGGUUAUUGAACAAAGUGGUCACGGAAGUGAUAGCGAACAAGAAAGCGAAGUGUACGAUGAGGAAGAGCUGUACGAUGAGGAAGAAGCGGAUUCAGAGUUGCAGGAAGCGGAGGAGUAUGGUGACGAUUUCUCGCAGUCAGAGGGGGAGGAUGACGACCGAUUCCGGCAACAACAGGCUCGGCCGCAACCUCCCCAACCUGAAGUCAUUGUUCUAGACAGUGACAGCGAUGAUGAGCUUGCUUCGGAUCAGGCAAAAUCUACUCCUUCACAACUACCGCCCCGUAUCAGCCAACCAUUCCGACGCGGACCGUCCGUAUCCUCUGGUGCGGGAGAUUUGAUGGUUGAUGGACCUGCGGAUGCGUAUUCAGUGGCCGAGCGUGGACCCGAGGAUGGGUUUGAGGAUUAUGUGGAAGAACAAUGGGUCGAUGAAAUGGAGGAAGAUCAAGAGCGGUUCCUCCCUGGGCCAAUAGAUUACGAGUCAUCCGUGGAUGAGUUGGCACAAGAUCACUACGUUAUGAGUCUCCCAAUUCGGGAAGCAUCAGUCGCCCGGGUACGAGAAGAGAGCCAUUUCGCUGGAGCAGAAGACCACGAUAUGACUGCUGAACUAUACCCGCCGGCUACAACAUCCGUUGGUCUUGAUCUGGUAACCCCUGAAGGCCCACCUCGAGCCGACUCCGAAUUUACGUACCAAAACCAACCAGUGGAAAGAUGGAGUCCCGCUAUUCACUCGAACCAACACGACUCAGGCGAAGCCCAAAUCGUAUCCCACGACCUGGAGGCUAUGAUCGACCCGGCUCUGCCUCGUUCACCCAUUCUUACUGGCGAGACCGACCUCCAAACACACCGUGAGCAUGAGCUUAGCUAUUCAGUCGACGGAGCUGCGUCUCCGGCGAGGAAGCGGGAGACUCAACUGCCCCAGUUCUCACAUGAACAACAAUUGCCGACACCCGACCCUACCCAAGAGAGCGUCUUUGCCCAUGAGCCUGCUGCCAGUGCUGGGGGAGUUGAACCUUCACCUCCGCCUGGAACUGACAGAGCGACAACGACACCGCCCGCAAUUCAUCUACCGGUUCCUGACCGCCAUGCGGCUGGGUUACGCAGCAAACUCUCGUACUUCGCUCCACUUGCCUCGCUCGUCGACCACUACAAUUCUUUGGUGGACACGGUCUCGGUGGUCCAUCAAGUAUCGCCAGUAGCACGAGCGACAUCCGGGUCCAAAGAUUACUUCGUGACUAUCCAACUCACAGAUCCAUCCAUGGCCGGCACAAUGCUCAAUGCCCAAAUCUUCCGGGCUCAUAAAUCCGCGAUGCCGUCUUUGGUUGAAGGAAACGCCAUCCUGUUGCGCAACUUCAAGGUUCGAAGCUUCGACCAUGCAAUCAUGCUUGUCAGUGUCGAGUCCAGUGCAUGGGCUGUGUUCGAUGGCUCCGGCCCUGAUGCCCAAGUGAACGGUCCACCUGUUGAAUAUGGCACGGAGGAACGGGCGUACGCAUCCGCUUUACGGCGGUGGUAUCAGGAGGUCGGCUCAGCCAUGGUAGCUGAUAAUCAGCUUCAAGCAUCCAUUGGCAGAGACAGCAUGGAACCCAGCGACUCGAGCAGUCCGGGUCUGUCCUGGCGGGAUGAUCGACGUGGCUCAACCCGGUCCCGUUCCACGCGGCGACGGAAGAGUCACCGGAGACUGACCAUUCAUGAAUUGCGAGAUGGCACUCGCUACACCGAGGUUGGGUCUCCUAACCAUAGCAGCAUUCAUGAGCUUCGGGAUGGUACUGUGUACGCUAAUAUAUGA